AGACGGCCGUGAACAUCGGCUACUCCUGCAAGAUGCUGACGGACGACAUGACGGAGGUGUUCAUCGUGACGGGCCACACUGUGCUGGAGGAAAGCCCGGGAGAAGAUGAUGGACUCGUCGCGUUCCAUGGGCAACGGCUUCUCCUGCCAGGAGAAACUCGCGUCUUCCUCGUCGGCGUCCCGGCUCACCUCGGUGCUGGAGGCCAUCGCGGGCGAGUACGCCCUGGUCAUCAACGGGCACAGCCUGGCCCACGCGCUGGAGGCCGACAUGGAGCUGGAGUUCCUGGAGACGGCCUGCGCCUGCAAGGCCGUGAUCUGCUGCCGCGUCACCCCGCUGCAGAAGGCCCAGGUGGUGGAGCUGGUGAAGAAGUACAAGAAGGCCGUGACGCUGGCCAUCGGGGACGGUGCCAACGACGUCAGCAUGAUCAAGACUGCGCACAUCGGCGUGGGCAUCAGCGGGCAGGAGGGCAUCCAGGCCGUGCUGGCCUCCGACUAUUCCUUCUCCCAGUUCAAGUUCCUGCAGCGCCUCCUGCUGGUGCACGGCCGCUGGUCCUACCUGCGCAUGUGCAAAUUCCUCUGCUACUUCUUCUACAAGAACUUUGCCUUCACCAUGGUCCAUUUCUGGUUCGGGUUCUUCUGCGGCUUCUCGGCCCAGACGGUCUAUGACCAGUACUUCAUCACCCUGUACAACAUCGUCUACACCUCGCUGCCCGUGCUCGCCAUGGGCGUGUUCGACCAGGACGUGACGGAGCAGCGCAGCAUGGAAUACCCCAAGCUCUACGAGCCAGGCCAGCUCAACCUGCUCUUCAACAAGCGGGAGUUCUUCAUCUGCAUCGCCCAGGGCAUCUACACCUCCGUCCUCAUGUUCUUCAUCCCCUACGGCGUCUUCGCCGACGCCACCCGCAACGACGGCGCCCAGCUGGCCGACUACCAGUCCUUCGCUGUCACCGUGGCAACCUCCCUGGUGAUCGUGGUCAGCGUGCAGAUUGGGCUGGACACGGGGUUCUGGACGGCCAUCAACCACUUCUUCAUCUGGGGCAGCCUGGCUGUGUACUUCGCCAUCCUCUUCGCCAUGCACAGCAGCGGCCUCUUCCAGAUCUUCCCCAACCAGUUCCGCUUUGUGGGUAAUGCCCAGAACACGCUGGCCCAGCCCACGGUCUGGCUCACCAUCACCCUCACCACCGUGGUCUGCAUCAUGCCAGUCGUGGCCUUCCGAUUCCUCAAGCUGGACCUGAAGCCCGAGCUAUCGGACACGGUGCGCUACACCCAGCUGGUGCGAAAGAAGCAGCGAGCGCAGCACCGCUGCAUGCGGCGGGUGGGCCGUGCCGGCUCGCGGCGCUCCGGCUACGCCUUCUCCCACCAGGAGGGCUUCGGCGAGCUCAUCAUGUCAGGCAAGAACAUGCGGCUCAGCUCCCUGGCGCUCUCCAGCUUCGCCGCCCGCUCCAGCUCCAGCUGGAUCGAGACCCUGCGCAAGAAGAAGGGUGGAGACAGCACCGCCAGCAGCCCCAGCGGGGGGGCCGACAAGCCGCUCAAGGUGUGAGGCUGGGGGGCUCCGAUUCUCACUCCCGCCAGGGGCUGGACAGCCCGGCAGCGCCCCCAGCUGUUCCCACGCGGAUCCUGGCUGGCUGCUGCGGGUGCUGCUGUGGCAAGGGGUCGGGGCGCCCCACGAGGCUCUCCAGGUGCUGAGGUUUGGAGGCAGAGUCUGGACCACAGCCAACCGUGUAACCAAAAAACCCCCGUCCAGACGGCCCAGCGGCCCCGGCGCGGCACCCCCGUCCGGAGCUCGGGCGCGGCACCCCCGUCCGGAGCCCGGGCGCAGAGAGCGCCGGCAGCAUCUUGUAUCGGGACAUCCACCGCCCGGAGUGUACAGCGAGCCUGAGUCACCCGUGAAUGUAACAUGCUGGAGACACGGGGAGGGCCGGGCCUGGCAGGGGGCAGCUGGGCUUGGCAGCGCGUCCCCCCCACCCCCGCCGCCACAUGUGUCUUUUUUAUAUCUAUAAAACGAGAAAAGCAGCAGCAACCGGAGCCCCCAUGUUUACAAAGUGACUCUUCUGUCCCCGCUGCCACUGGCUGCUCCUGGGGAGGAGCCGGCUGAGCAGAAAGGGGCAGACGCCCUCCCCAGGCAGGCAGCGUCAGUCCCAGGGCUGCGUGGGCGCCCCAGAGGGGGCAUGGGCUUGGCCUCCUGCAGCAGGGCAGGGGUGGGGUGGGGGGAGCCUGGGCUGGGAGGAGUUAUGGGCCCUGCCCCGGCUGGUUUCUACACAUGGUGAAACCGUACGUGGCUGGGCGGAGACCCGACCCCUGAGUGCUGCGUCCAGUCAGUGCCCGCCCUGGGCUGGAGCCUGUGGCCCCUGGAGCCGGGGCCAGAGCUGGGGAGCAAACUGGGCCCUAAGGAGCUGUUACAGACCAGAGCAGAGCCGCGGUGCGAAGGCCACCUGAGCCGGGCUCCUCGGGGUCCUGGCUGCAGGGGCAGCCCUGAGGUUCUCCCAGCUUGCGGGGGGAGGGCGCAGCCACGGGGCUCUUGGCUGGUACUUCUCUCCCCCCCCCUC